GUUGUCGCUUCCUGAUGACGUAAAACAAGGAAGGGACAAUAAGGAUUUUUUUUCUUGUUUGGUCAAUUUUAUUAUUUUAAAACCUUUACGCUAAUCCUGCAAAAUGAGUCGAAUAUAUGACAACGCAGCGUUACAGAAUAAACCUGUUCAUAACGAGAAACUGUCUACUUUAUGGGAGCCAUCUGUCUAUCAGAGUGGCCCUGGAGUUAUUUUAGAGGGGACAUUUGUUGAUGUGUCUCGCCAUGCUCUGAUCGACAACACCAAUAAAAAGGUGCGAUAUAACAUUUUGUACGUCAAGCCAAGUCGAAUCCACUGCAGACAAUAUGACUCCAAGGGCAAUGAGAUAGAGCCCAACUUCAGUGACACCAGGAAAGUCAACACAGGCUAUCUUAUGUCAUCUUACAAACUGGAGGCUAAAGGUGAAUCAGAUCGUCUUACUGAGGAGCAUUUGAAGGGCAUAGUGAACAAAAAAGAAUUACUUAGUAUUACACAAAAGCAUUGUCCCAGCCAGGCCUUUGCAUUCUGGAUUUUGGAGACUGAACUGGAGAAGACAGAACUGGAGAUAGGACAGGAUAUCCGCUUGAAGACUAAAGGAGAUGGUCCCUUUAUCUUCUCUUUUGCAAAGUUGGAUGCCGGCACAGUGACAAAGUGCAAUUUUGCAGGAGAUGAAGCAGCUGGGGGAUCAUGGACAGACAAAAUAAUGGCAAACAAAGGAGAUGCACAAUGUAAAGCAAAGCCAGCCACACUUGGUGAAGGGGCUGAGGAGGACGAGUGGGAGGACUGAGCAAUAUACAAAAUAGAGAAUGGUGAAACAUUGAAGACAGAAUGACGAAACAUUGUGAAGAGCAUUUUCUUACCCAGACAUACUUUAUACUAUCCACAAAGAUAUAAUUUAUACCAUAAAUUCUUUCAUGCAUGAUCUUUUUUUAUGUUCUGUACUAAUAAAUGGCAUUUAAUUAAUAACUGA